GCGUGCCUGCACCGCCCCGCCCCUCCCCCCGGGGCGAUGCGCAGGCGCAGCGGCCGCUCCCCUGUACAAAAGGUCGCGCCCGUUCGAGCCGGGGCUGUGGUCGGGAAGUCGGGACGAUGUCGCGAUACGGGCGUUACGAGACCAAGGUGUACGUGGGCAACCUGGGCACGGGCGCGGGCAAAGGCGAGCUGGAGAGAGCCUUCAGCUACUACGGCCCGCUGAGAACCGUGUGGAUCGCGAGGAACCCGCCGGGGUUCGCCUUUGUGGAGUUCGAGGACCCCCGGGACGCUGAAGAUGCCGUGCUCGGCCUCGAUGGGAAGAUAAUAUGUGGCUCGAGGGUGAGAGUGGAAGUGUCCACGGGAAUGCCGCGGCGCUCCCGUUACGACAGGCCCCCUGCCCGGCGCCCCUUUGACCCCAACGACAGAUGCUACGAGUGUGGUGAGAAAGGCCACUAUGCCUAUGACUGUCACCGCUACAGCCGCCGCAGGAGGAGCAGGUCCCGGUCUAGAUCGCGCUCGAGGUCCCGAGGAAGGAGGUAUUCUCGGUCACGCAGUCGGAGCCGUGGUAGGAGAUCAAGGUCAGCUUCCUACCGUAGGUCCAGGUCAAUCUCUCCUCGUAGAUAUAGAUCGUUUUCACCUCGCAGAUCUCGGUCUGGCUCUCUAAGAAGGUCAAGAUCUCGGUCCAGGUCACGCUCACGGUCCCGAUCUGUUGUGUGGCCUCGAAGCAGGUCUGAGUCUCAUGGUAGAUCUAAAUCUGGCUUACCUGCUAAAAGUCGCUCAAAAUCCAGAUCUCCAUCUCCAAAGAGAAGUCACUCACCAUCAGGAAGCCCUUGAAGGAAUGAAAGUCCUGACAAAAUGGAUUAAAAUUUCAGAAGUUUAAGAAAAAAUUUAUUUUGUUUACAUUGUAAGGGAUUUUGUGAUGUAAGGGCUUAGUCCUAGAAGGCUGUUUCUGUUGACUAGCAUCGGGCAUGAAAAGUACAUCUUUUAAAAAUCUUACUAGCACACUAAUACAAAACUCUUGUUAUGUUCAUGUUCUGUGAUCUGGAAAUGUUGGGCUUUUUUUUUUUUUUAAUUGUUGCAUUGAAAUAAACUGUGCAUUUCUAACUAAGAAAUA